AAAAUGAAUAGUGUUUGCAGCAUGCAUGGGCGCAGCACGUGUGUGGUAGAUCAUGAGCUCCCAACCAGACUUUAAUGCUCAACUUCUUUCCUCCUAUAAAUCCCACCCACAUUUCUUCAUGCUUUCAUUCACUUCAAUUUAAUCCAUCGCCAGAUUUUAUUCCAAUUCCAACCGCUUAAUAGAAAAAGGGGUUCUCACAAUUACCGCCAACACUCUCUCUCUCUCUCUCUCACAAAACAAUUCCAUCAAACUCUAAAUUCUGGGACUUAUGUUGAUCUGCUAUCAAGCGAUGAAAAGGUGGGCUUCCGCCGCCGCGCCUUGGAUUCACACUGAGCUCAGCCGCUCCCAAUUUGUCUUCGUCUUCGCGCUGCUCAAGAAAUUCGCCGUCGCUCUACUCACUUGCAUUUUCGCUCUCGGUGGAGCUAUCGUAGGCGUAAUUAGCGGAGCGCUGAAAGGGCAGACCACCGAAACCGGCCUACUGCGUGGGGUUGGUGUAGGGGCGGUAGCAGGGGCCAUCACGGCCGUGCAGCUCAUGGAACUCAUACUAAACGGGGAGCCAUUUUCCAAGGCGGCACUAAUAUGCAGUCUUGUGAAUGGGAAGAUAUUUAUGGAAUGGGUGAGCCCUGCUGUAUUAAAAGCAUAUCAGUGGCAGAUUAGCACUAUGGAGACAGGUUUGAGGGAGAUUUCAGACAUUUUUGAGGUCAAUACAAUCAGGGGAUUAUCUCAGGAUACCAUUAAAGAAUUACCAAGCUUUGAGUUUAAUACUGCAGAGACGGCUGCCACGUGUUCCGACACUAGUUGUGCCAUUUGCUUACAGGAUUUGAGGGAUGGAGAAUCCACGAGGUUGCUACCGAGUUGUAGGCAUUUCUUCCACAUACAUUGUAUAGAUCAAUGGCUCAGCCGGCAAGCGACCUGCCCGGUAUGCAGAAAAGACGUUUGAGGACUAUCAGAAGGCGAAAAAAAAAAGUGGGAAAAAAUGAAAAUCAGAGCCCUCGACACAACUAAGGGAAUCGAAAAAAGAGGCGAAAACGAUGCAAGGAUGUCUGCUUCAUGAUCUGGGACAUUGGAUAAUUUGGAUCCAGUUCUGCGUAGUAUAAAUGAGUUGUAACAAUAGUUUGUCUGUAAAGAAAGGAGACAUCUCUUCUGUAUGAAAUCUGCGACGCCCUAUGUUGAUAAAAGCUUUUCUUUUACUA